GCUAUAAUUAAAGUCCUCUCCCAACUUUUCCUUUACUUUCUUUUCCCCAUCAUCAUUUUUUUCUUUUCUUGUGGUUGGAUUUUUAUGAUCUUCAAGAUCUUCUGUAAUAACAAGCUCAAGAAUUCGAGGUGGGUCAUCAUGAACUUUGUUGAACAAGGAAGAGUAUAUUGUGAUAAAGAAGAGCAAGAAGAGGAAGAAGAAGGGGAGGAGGAAGAAGAGAUGACGCCGAACAAGCUCCCCUUUUCUUCUCCCUCGUCAUCAUCUUCUUCUUCCACCAAGUACAGAAAUUUUCUGCCGCAACACCAGGACCUAUGGCUUGGGUCAUCCGAGUCUCAACAAGAAUACAAAAGCCGCGAAUCAUCAUCUCUCAAUUUUGACAAGAGGCUAGAGCUUAUGGACCUAACACUGGGAAACGACAACGGAACUGUUAAUACCGGUGGUACUACUCAUGAGCAGCCUAUCGAGAGAGAGCAUAUGUUUGAUAAAGUUGUGACCCCAAGCGAUGUAGGCAAGCUAAACAGGCUCGUGAUACCAAAGCAACACGCAGAGAAGUACUUUCCCCUCGACUCAACAUCUAACGAGAAAGGCCUUCUCUUGAAUUUUGAGGACCGGAACGGCAAGCCGUGGCGAUUCCGGUACUCUUAUUGGAACAGUAGCCAGAGCUAUGUGAUGACCAAAGGGUGGAGCCGGUUCGUUAAGGAAAAGAAGCUUGAUCCAGGCGAUAUCGUGUCAUUUCAGCGAGGCGUUGGUGAGUCAGGGAAGCACCGUUUGUACAUAGACUGGAGACGCAGGCCUAAUGCACCAGAUCCAACAUCUUUUGCACAUUUAGAGCUGCAAAAUCAGCUACACUUCCCACAGUCGUUGAGGUGGGGCAGGCUCUACUCGUUGCCUCAGCCUUUGUCGUCUAUUGCACGACCAUAUGAACAACCUCAAUUCCAGCAUUUGAGUUACGGUAUUCAUCAUCAACCUUAUCAUCAACAAUAUCAUUAUAAUCAACAGGGCCAGUAUUACUUAAGGCCAGCAGGGGCACUGCCAAUUGGGGCAGUGCAUCAACAAGGAGGAGGUCAAGCCCCAAUAGUGAUUGAUUCAGUACCAGUUGUUCACGGUAGAAGUGUGGGAAAGCGGCUGAGGCUCUUCGGUGUAAACGUGGAGUGUCCCACACAAGACGAUCGUUCUUCUUUUUCUUCUUCUUCUGGGACCAUACAAGCACAUGGCAGCAGCACAACCAUGGGUUCAUUCUCGCCUCAUUUAACUGCUUCAUCUCUUCAACCUCCACAGUCAAGGCUACCCAGUAGCGGUCCAAUGGCAACUACGCAAGAAGCCGAGUUUUCAAAGAAAGGAAAGACUUCCUUAUCUUUUGAUCUGGAUCUUUGAUGAUGACACAUAUAUCGAUCAAGUGAAGAAGCUAGAGAUAUAUAUAUAUAUAUAUAACAUUUCUUUUUAGAGCCUGGAACUUGGCGAUAUCUGUAUACAUGCUGGAUGGUCUCUUCCCAGUUCCCAGUUUGUUUGGGUUACAUUUGUUUCCCCUCCUUAGAUAUCAACUGUACUUUCUCUCUUUCUCUAUGACAGUGAUCAUAUGGUACAUUGUUAGAGACGAUGGAUGGAAAUAUAUGGAGAGAGAGAGAGAGAGAGAAUGCAAUAUUAGAGUCUCUUUCUUCUUUUCUCUCUCUUUUGUUCCUAUUACCUUACUAGGAUAAAGUUGUGGCUAGCUGCUGCUGCUGCUGCUGCUGCUGCUUAGUUAAGAGGGAAGGAUUGCAGGUGAUGUGCAGAAAAGUUUGCAGCGCUGUAAAAGCCACUUUCCUGUCUGGAAAUCUGGAUUAAUUGGAGCACACCCACAAAAAGUCCUAUAUAUUGAAAGAGAUUUCUCAUAUCAGGCAUUAGAUGGAACGAUGCAAUCUAGCUAGUAGUUCAUGGGUAUGUUCAAUUUUUUGCAAGAAAUGAGACAUUUAUCCUCGGAUGAAUGUCUUGGGGAAGUUUGGAUGAGACAUAUAGGUUUCUAAUAGAUAUUUUAUCUGUAAAAAUGAUUUGCUUAUAUAAAAAAAAGACAUAAACUCAGCAGUCCAUGAUUCUUUGAAGCUGUGAUGUUGAUAAUUAAUUUAAGAUCACUGCAUAUGCGUAGUUUGUUACUGUAUGUAGGUCAGACCGAGACACCAGAGAUCCAGGAACGAAUUGUACUACUGGGAAGGUAGGGGCACCCUUAAAUGGGAUUCAACCAUCACAAGAGAAAUCCUCCCAUUUUGCCUAUAAUAACGAAAGAGGAAUCUGCUAAUCCACUCAGUGAUCAACACGUUUCAAACCCAUUAUUUCAUUAUUUUCUGGUUUACAUUAAAAAUGGAAAUUAAAAAUGGAGGAGCUGAGAGAGGGACUCUUUUCUAAAUCAUCAGAAUGGCAAAGCUGUGAAGUUCGCUAGCUGAUGAAAACUGACUACGCUGUUGAAGCUAAAACUUGUCGUUUCAUCCAUUUCAUAUUAUAUGCACAAAGACAAAGUGAAGAGGAAUAGAAACACUUGAUUUAAUUAGCUUACCCAACUUUUUCUAGGUUAAAGUUAAGCAGUACACAUUAGCAGCAAUAGCAAUUAAGCUGCCGAAGGUGGAUAAUGACAAGAAACAGACGAAGAAGAAGAAGAAUAAUGAAUAGCCCACAUGCACAUACACAUACACAAUAGGCUAUUUAUUGCCUCCACUGACCUCUGCUCGUGAGAUGCUACAGUAGCAUGCAUCGAGAGAGGAAUUUACUAGAAAAAGCCCUAUGGCCGGACGCAUUGCACAACACAAGUUUGGAUUUGAAAGAGAGAACAUGAAAUUGCAGAAGCAACACACAAAUCUGGGCAUAUCAACUUGCUUAAUCCCACUGUAAAAUUAAGAAAAUUAAAUUAAGCAUCUCUCAAACAUAAAUAUAAUAGAUAGUUACUAUAGGAGAAACAUGGUCCAAUUAUUGUAAUGAAGAUUAUUGAUUUCAGCCACAAGAUUCCUACGCUCAAAAUCUUGAAAUUGAAGCCCUCCCUCCGGCCUAUAAAGAGAUUGUAUAUAGGUUAGGUUUAAUAGGCAAUAAUGGAUGAUAUGAAAGAAGGCACAUGAGUAAGGUACAAAAGAAAAGAAAGUUUCUUUCCCAUUUUCCUUUAUUUGGGUCUUUUUUUAUCUUCUUGUCUCAAAAUUUUUUUGCAGAUUUGCGUGCAUUGUACAACACACAUUCACUAGCUAACGUUGGUUUUAUUUAUUUAUUUAUUAAUUUUGCAUGGACCACGUUCUUGUAUUUAUGCAUUAUGUGGAUAUCGAUCCAAUACUUAUAAUAACUUAAAUAGUACCCGCAUGCUUUCUUUAUCUGGCUCUAUACGGCUACAGCUUGUAUUUGCUUUCUUUGAUAUGAAAAUAACAUGAGAGAGAAUCAGCUUCACUCACUGUACAUGUUUCCUCUCAUUUACUGUUACUAUAACUUAACAGACUUA